AUGCUGGGACAGCAGAGGGUAUUGGGGAGGAGCGUGGCCAAGGCUGGGCAGAGUCCAACUGAGGCGCUGCAGCUGGAGGCAGAUUACUAUGGCAAAGAGCUGCAGAAGUCAGAGGAUCUCAAAACCAAUGCGUGCAUUACCUCAGCCAGGCCCCUUCCCAAGAUGGUGAGAGAGGCUCUGGAGCACAUCCAUGAGGAGGUGGUGGCCAGGUACUAUGGCUGUGGUCUGGUGAUCCCUGAGUGCCUGUCAUCAUGCCGCGUUCUGGACCUGGGCAGUGGCAGCGGCAGGGACUGCUACGUGCUGAGCCAGCUGGUUGGAGAGCAGGGCCACGUCACCGGGAUAGAUAUGACCGAGGGCCAAGUAGAGGUGGCGAAGAAACACAUUGCCUACCACAUGGAUAAGUUUGGCUACCGAAAGCCAAAUGUGGAAUUCUUCCAUGGUUACAUGGAGAAGCUGGGUGAUGCCGGACUGGCUGACGAGAGCUACGAUAUUAUCAUCUCCAACUGUGUGAUCAACCUUGCCCCUGACAAGAGGACUGUGCUGCGGGAGGCCUUCCGUGUGCUGAAGCCCGGGGGAGAGAUGUACUUCAGUGACAUCUACGCCAGCCAGCGCCUGAGCGAGACCAUCCGGAAGCACCGGGUGCUGUGGGGAGAAUGCCUGGCAGGAGCCCUGUACUGGAAAGAUCUGUACAGCAUUGCUGAGGAGGUGGGGUUCAGCCCCCCAUGCCUGGUCACCGCCAGCCCCAUCACCAUUGGCAACAAGGAGCUGGAGGCCAUCGUCGGCGACUGCCGCUUUGUUUCUGCAACUUUCCGCCUGUUCAAGGUGCCGGGUGGCAGCUGGGCCGGGCCAGGACAGGUCAUCUACAAUGGUGGGAUUCUGGGGCACGAGCGAGAGCUGGUGUUUGAUGCCAACUUCACCUUCAAGGAAGGAGAGGUGGUGGAUGUGGAUGCUGAGAUGGCUGCGAUCUUACAGAGCUCCAGAUUUGCAGAUGAGUUCCUGAUCCGAGCUGGCAGAGCCAACACUGCAGCACUGCAGGGCUGCUGUUCCAAGGGAGUGAAGGAGAAGAUCCGUGAUCCCUUCCAGCUGCUGGAGCGACUGACAGCCCCAGGUCCUGCCUGCUGUCCUGGUGGCACUUGUGGUCCCCCAGAGUGCUGAUCAGUGGCAGGUGGUGUCCCCACACCAGUGUUGGAAGUCAGCGGGGCGAGAGGACAUGGCUCCAAUAACAUCUUCCACCAGAGAGCAAAUACAUGUCUGAGCUCAAA